AGAGAAUCCCCUAAGCAACGGAAACUGAUCAUACACUUUUUUUUUUUUUUGACGUUUUCGCAUUUUCGUUUAAUGCUGUACAUGAUUUUCUCACUGACCAAACAAAGUGACAGAAAGUGAGGGAAAAUUCGGUGAGAAAAGAAAAAUGGGGGUUCAACAGGCAAUGGAGGCCCUGAGCGAAAGAGCAGCGUCCAUAAGAGAGUCGCUGCAGAAGAGCGAGACCAUCACGGACAACAUGGUCUCCAUUCUCGGCUCCUUCGAUCACCGCCUCUCCGCCCUCGAAACCGCAAUGCGUCCUACUCAAAUACGAACGCAUUCGAUACGAAGGGCUCAUGAAAAUAUUGACAAGACAUUGAAGGCUGCAGAGGUUAUAUUGGGGAAAUUCGACCUCACGCGCAAGGCAGAGGCUAAGAUUCUCAGAGGACCACAUGAGGACCUUGAAAGCUACCUAGAAGCAAUUAAUCAGCUGAGAAGCAUUGUUCGGUUUUUCAGCAGCAACAAAAGUUUUAAAAGUAGUGGUGGCAUCCUUAACCAAACAAAUACCUUGCUUGCAAAAGCCAUUUCAAAACUUGAAGACGAGUUCAGACAGCUGUUAACAAAUUACAGCAAGCCUGUGGAACCUGAUCGUCUUUUCGAUUGUCUUCCAAACUCUCUGCGGCCAUCAUCAGAACCCGGACACCAAGGUGAUGCCAGCAGUAAGUCUCACGCUGAGCACCAAAAAUGCUUAGAAACUGCUGUUUACAAAACUCCAACUCUUAUUCCGCCGAGGGUUUUGCCACUUCUGCAUGAUCUAGCCCAACAAAUGGUUCAAGCUGCGAAUCAACAACAGCUAUUUAGAACUUACAGGGAUACUCGGGCUCCUGUUUUGGAACAGAGUCUCAGGAAACUAGGAGUGGAGAGACUUACGAAAGAUGAUGUGCAGAAAAUGCAGUGGGAGGCUUUGGAGGCAAAGAUUGGGAACUGGAUCCACUACAUGAGGAUUGCUGUCAAACUGCUCUUCACUGGGGAAAAGAAAGUCUGCGAUCAAAUAUUCGAUGGCAUGGAUUCUCUCAGGGAUCAGUGUUUUGCUGAUGUCACUGCGAAUAGUGUGUCUGUGCUUCUCAGUUUUGGAGAAGCCAUUGCCAAAAGCAAGAGAUCGCCUGAAAAGUUGUUUGUUCUUUUGGACAUGUAUGAGAUAAUGAGAGAACUCCAGCCAGAGAUUGGAACACUUUUCGGAAGUAAUCAUUGCAUUGAAACGCGGGAAUCUGCACUGAGUUUGACAAAGCGGCUAGCUCAGACUGCCCAGGAGACCUUCGGUGAUUUUGAAGAAGCGGUUGAAAAAGACGCAACAAAAACUGCUGUACUUGAUGGAACUGUCCACCCUUUGACCAGCUAUGUGAUAAAUUACGUGAAAUUUCUGUUUGACUACCAAUCCACAUUGAAGCAGCUUUUUCAGGAGUUCAGUGAUGCUGAUCCUGAAGCUCAGUUGGCUUCUCUAACGACAAGGAUUAUGCAGGCUCUCCAGAAUAACCUGGAUGGGAAAUCCAAGCAGUACAAAGAUCCUGCAUUGACACAAUUGUUUCUUAUGAACAACAUUCACUACAUAGUGAGAUCGGUUCGGAGGUCAGAGGCAAAGGACUUGUUGGGGGAUGACUGGGUGCAGAUACAGCGGAGGAUUGUUCAGCAGCAUGCAAAUCAGUAUAAAAGGGUUUCUUGGGCAAAGAUUCUUCAAUGUCUCACCGUUCAGGGAUCUAGUCCAUCAGGUGGGGGUGGCCCAGUUGGAGGUGAUGUAGGUGGCAGUGGCCUUUCCAGAGCAGUGGUGAAGGACAGGUUCAAGACCUUCAAUACCCAAUUUGAAGAGCUACAUCAAAGGCAAUCUCAGUGGACAGUUCCCGAUAGUGAGCUGCGAGAGUCUCUGAGGCUGGCUGUUGCUGAAGUCCUCUUGCCUGCUUUUAGAUCUUUCCUUAGACGUUACGGGCCUAUGAUAGAGAAUGGAAAGAACCCUCAGAAGUACAUAAGGUUCACUCCGGAAGAUCUUGAACGCAUGCUGGGUGAAUUUUUUGAGAGUAAGACCUGGAAUGAACAAAAGCGAUAAACAGCUGAUAUGACUUCUAUUUUCGAUUACAAAGUAAUUUUAUACCAUAUAAUAAAUAGCUUAAUGAUAUUCUUUGUUCGGUGACGAGAUCAUCUAAUAAUAUUAAGGGCAUAUUCAUGUCCCUUUUAACGU